CCAGCGCAGCGCCGCUCAGGCUCGGUCCCUCAACGCAGAUCUCCUUCCCCACUCGCGCUCAGGCUCGGUCGCAGGGAUUGGAUCUUCCGCGCGUCGGCGGCUCCCCCUCGGCGGCGUCCAGCGACGGAGGGGCAGUCCUAGGCUCGGCGGCGCCGUCGGCGGCUCCCCCUCCCGCCUCUCGCCAGUCGCCUCGCGCCCUCGCCUCCGUCCUCCGCGCACCGGCCGGCGACCCUGCCUCUGUAGGUUUUUUGUACUAUACUUUCUAGUGGUUCUGGCCGUCUUGACACAAUGGUGAAGCUGACAAUGAUAGCCCGUGUCACUGAUGGCCUUCCACUGGCAGAAGGGUUGGAUGAUGGGCGAGAUUUGAAGGAUGCUGAUUUCUACAAGCAGCAAGCUAAACUUCUUUUCAAGAACUUGUCAAAAGGGCAUCACGAAGCUUCACGGAUGUCAAUUGAGACAGGGCCCUACUAUUUCCACUACAUCAUUGAGGGCCGAGUAUGUUAUCUGACUAUGUGUGACCGCUCUUAUCCGAAGAAACUCGCAUUCCAGUACCUAGAAGAUUUGAAAAAUGAAUUUGAGAGGGUCAAUGGCAACCAAAUUGAAACUGCUGCAAGGCCGUAUGCUUUUAUCAAGUUUGAUACAUUCAUCCAGAAGACUAAGAAACUGUAUUUGGAUACAAGAACUCAAAGAAACCUCGCAAAACUGAAUGAUGAACUCUAUGAGGUGCAUCAAAUUAUGACUCGCAAUGUUCAAGAGGUUCUGGGUGUUGGUGAAAAGCUAGACCAGGUCAGUGAAAUGUCAAGUAGGUUGACUUCUGAUACAAGAAUAUAUGCAGAUAAGGCAAAGGACCUCAACCGGCAGGCGUUGAUUCGGAAGUAUGCUCCCGUCGCCAUUGUCAUUGGGGUAGUAUUGAUGCUGUUUUGGCUCAAGAACAAGAUAUGGUGAUUGUACAAUAUGAAGGAAACUGGGCCCUGUUACAACACCGGAGAAGAACAGAUGGAGAAAAAAACCAGUUCGAUUCUGGAAAAAAAAGAUGCUUUGGUGACUUGUAUCCCGUAUCUGCCCAUUCAAGCGAGUACUUGAGCUGCCCUUUGCUCCUCCCUAUAAGCUAGUAUAUUAAAGUGAAUUCGUUGUAGUGCAGACCUUAUAAGAAACUCAGAUUUUGUGCAUCCGUGGAACUCGUAAAUACAAGAGCUCUGUAGAGUUGACUUUACGACAGCGGGGUUGUAAUUUUUCUGGCUGAACUCAAUGUAAGGAUUCAGACUGAUCUGAUGAGUUGACUUCACUUGGGCGCGCUUAUCUUGCCCAAUGUACCAUGUUUUACCCAAGUGUUCGUACAGUGUGUGAGCAUGAGCUAGUUGCUAAA